UAAGGUUCAGUUCUUUAGCAAACUGAACAACGAAUAUGCGCAUGGUUCUUUUUGUCUUGGACGCAAGGACUAUUUACGUUUUGUCAGGGCCGCAUGUUCUUUAUUUUCACGCCGCUUUAUUCGUGAGAGGAUGCUUGAGUGUUGCUUUGAGCUUCAACAUGACCAGAUGGAUAUGGUGCGUUUAGAACUUGCGCGUACGCUGCCAUGCUUGCGUAGGGUUCUCGAAUUGUCAACGUCAGGGAGCGCGUUUGAGGAGUACCAGGACAUGAUACACCGUCUGCAGAUGGACGAAAGCAGCGAGGUGCGGGCCUUAACCCAAAGCGGACUGGAGAUAAUCGAACUGCGUGACCGGGGACUGAAACGUGACGCUGGUAGAAUAAAAUUUGAGGAGGAGAACAGGGAGGAUAGGCGACGCGAGCAGGCGGAGGGGCAGCUGCUGGAUGUAGCGAAGGAGUACGAUAAGGCAGAGCGCCGCUCCAAGCUCCGCGACCUGCUGAAGACCGAGCGCGAGAAGGAGCAGGCGGAGUUAGUGCGCAAGAGUGGAACUGUCAGGCGUCUGGUAAAAGGAGCAACGGUCCAGGCAACGCCCACCAAGCUCUCGCGCCCAAUACCAAAGACACAAACGACAUAUUCCGGAGGUGCCACCUUUCAGAAGAAAGUGCAGCGAUAA